AUGGAAGAUAAUGUCUGUAAGGACAUUUUACUGGAUGCAAAAAGGACUUGCUUUCUUUUGCACUUGUUACUGUGCUUGUUUACUCAGUUGAAACUUGUAGAUGCGGAAGGGAAGCUCACCGAAUGGAUGCCUUCGGCCAAGGUUAGAGGGAAGCUGGAGCAUCCAAGUGGUUGGAUUUCUUUGGUAGAACUCAAGGAGGGCUACCGCUGGGCACUGCGGCAGGAGCGUGCUCCAGUUGAUCCUUGGGCUCUUGAAAAGUCUCAGCUGGCAACGGAGCUGAAGCUACGAGACGCGGAGCUCAAGCGUUGGACGGUCUUGGCGGAGCGUCUCCGUGCCGAGCGACAGCGGUCUUUGGAGACUUGCACGGAGCUGGCCGCCUACCUGGAGGAGCGCAUCCUCGAGGGAUAUCGAAUACCUACUGGAAGCUUCCGGCCUGCAGACGCCGCAGCUUUUGCUCACUCUGCCAAGGCGCAAGAGAUGCAACAGCUGGCCUCCAAGCUUGGAAUUCAACCAGCUGUCCUGUCUAAGACGGCUGUGCCCAAAGCAGCUGAAGAGGAGGACCCUGCAUACCAAGUGCCUGCUGGGCUUCCACCAGGCUCCAAGGUUGUGGGCUUCCGGCGGAAGACAGUUGAAACAGAGGCUGAAGCAGAGCCUUCCAUUGCCAUCCAGGGCCAGGGUCGUGUGCUUCACUCCAAUGCCAUUCUACAGCCCAGCAAUGCCUACUGUUCGGAUCUCCAAGCACCUGGUGUGUAUCCCUUGGCAAGGCCACCAAGCUUGGCUGCGAGGAACCUCCUUGACCGACCUGCGGCCGCACCUGGCAAAUCUAACGAGAAGUGGUCCUAUGAGGGCGACUUCUUUCAGGACAGAAGCUUCAUGGCAAGCAAGUUACAUGGGUUCCAGGAGCUCAGUGGAGUCAGUGGGCCUCUCAGUCUGUCCGUAGCGGCGGCUACGAGCGGCGGCUACGAGCGCGGCGCAAGGAUCAGCCCAGCGCGCAGCGCGUGGUGGCCUUCCUUGGUCGCCAUGGGGCAGAUCAUGGGGAUCAUCAUCAACGUGAUAUCCCAGGCUCAGCGGGAUCCUUUGGAGAACCUGCGCCUGGCGGUUGAACGUGCAGAAGCCGCAGGUGUUGAGGAGGAUACACUCGAUGACGUGAGGACGAAGCUGGCAGAGCUGGAGAAUGAAGUUGGCAAGGAAUUGUCGAUUUCGAUUCGACAUGCGGUGAGCGGCGAGACUCUCACGGUGGUACGAGCGAGGCCUUCCCAUACGCCUGGCUACCUUCGAGAGCACGUGCUCAGGUCCACAGGAGAGGGCGGGGUAGCUCUUCAUUUCCUUUUUCAGUCGCAGGUGUUGGACGAAAAGGUAAGCCUCAGAGAGGCAGGCCUGUCUGAUGGCGACACGGUGUUCUUGGUUCAGACGCCCCUGCUUUGUCUCACGGCCUCGUUCGAUGGCACGGCACGGAUUUGGUACCUGCAGAAUGGAGAUUGCCGCAAAAUGCUAGUUGCUCGGCAAGGAGGGCAGGUCCAGUCGGCCACGUUUUCCCAAGAUGGAUCAAAGCUUCUCACUGUCUCAUUGGAUGGUGAGGGAAAGCUGUGGUGUGCCGAAAGUGGCCGUCUUUGCUGUGAGCUUUCUGGGCAGCCGGGUGGAGUCCUGUCGGGGGAAUUUUCGGCCGAUAGCCACUGGAUUACGGGUGCAUCGGACGAUUGCACCGCGAUCAUCUGGAAUGCCGACACGGGGAAGUGCUCACAGAUCCUUGCGGGUCACGAUGAUGAUGUGAAAUCAGCCGCAUUUUCACCGGACGCCUCAAUGGUCGUGACAGCCUCUUGCGACGGCACUGCUGGCUUGUGGAUGGCAACAGAUGGCAGCCGCAUUAGGGCUUUAGUUGGGCACGACGAUGUUGUGAAGUCUGCGAUGUUCUCCUACUAUGGACUCCGCAUCAUCACGGCCUCCAUGGAUGGAACCGCGCGAGUCUGGAAUGUAGAUCCAGGCGGGUGCCUGCAGGUACUUCAAGGACAUGCAAAGGCAGUCAACAGUGCGGCCUUUUCACCGGACGACUUGUUGUAUUUGACAACCUCCUUUGACGGCACUGUCCGCGUGUGGGAAGCAGAGUCAGGAGAGUGUAAUCUUGUGCUGCAUGCCGACAACAAAGUCGUGAACACUGCGCAGUUCUCACCCGACGGCUCCAUGAUCCUGGUGGCAUCCGGCGCGGAGUGCGUCCGGUUGUUGAGUGCAACGACAGGUGAAUGUAUUACGACUUUGGAUGGGCACGAGGAUUGGGUACGCACCGCCACCUUUUCACCAGAUGGUAUGCUCAUAGCAUCUGCAUCCUACGACGGCACUGCAAGGGUCUGGAGCUCCAGAACCGGCGAGUGCCUACAGACAUUGGCUGGUCAUACGGAAGCUGUCAUCUCUGCUGAAAUCAUCACAGCAUAA